AUGUUCGAGCACUGGUGGCGCAGCGGGCACCAAUCGCCAAUGCAUAUUCCCAACUUACGCGAGAAUCGGGGUUGGAAAUUUGAGGCGACGGUGCUCGGAGCCGACGCCACAGUGGUCUUCAGCUGCUCCACAUAUGCAGGCACGAGCGUGAAGAAGUUAGGAAGUCCACUGGAGCCGACAUGUGGGGCGGCCCGUGCCGAACUACUCACGACAACCGCAGAAAGAAUAGCGAUGUUUAGACUGCGCGCAAUUCGAGCGAAGUUUGUCGAGGCAAGAGAUAAGAAUACCGAAAAACUAUAUAAGGAGGGUCAAUCCCCGUCGUCAAUUCAUUCAGACAGCAAGAAUCACAAACAUCAAGGUUUUCGAACUUCAUCAGACAGAAACAUCGCAAUGGCUCCCUCCAUCAUGUUAGUUUCCUCUCCUGUGAUUAGGAAGCAAAGCGGACAUGCUGACCCUUCAAAUAGCUCAACCGAUCCUUUUAGCCUACCGGUAUCAACCAAGGCUGUUCCUGCUACCAAAGAUACCAACGGGAACGGUGUCUCGGCUGCGAAGCCAGAAGUUUCAGAGGACAUUAUCACCGGCGCGACCGACUUGAAAGUCAAUGCCAGCGGUUUGAAGACCGAGGGACUACAGAUCAUGACCGAAAUUCGUAGCUUCGAAUGUGUAAAGCAUUUCAAGCCAGCUGAAUUCCCUAAGGUUCUCAGUACUUUGCCAUUCCCUAAAGAGCUAGAUGCUAUGGUUUCCUGGACCGAUGCAUUUGUCGAACGACUUGGCUUGAUCGCCAUGGCGGAGAAGCAGGCCACUAUCGACCGUAUCAAUGAUGAAAAGGACGGUCUCUACGGAACGAUCCAAGACCUCCAGCAUGAAAAGAACGGACUCCUUGACGUGAAGUGCAAGUUGGACGCCGAGAUAUGUUUGCUUAAAUCCAAAAACGACAGCCUUGUGCAGCACAAUAAGGAGGAUGACAAGCGGAUCGCAAAUUUUGCGAAGAAAAGCGAGAAGGAUGUCAAGGCAAUCCUGAAAUUGACUCGGGAGAAGGAGUGUUUGAACAGAAGGGUGACGAGCCUCAGCAAGAAGGUUGAUGAGCUCUGUAAGAAGAAUAGCGCAGGGAAGGCCGCUAACAAGGAAUUGGUGGAAAUGUUCGAGAAGUGGAAGCUAGCAGAAGAUCAGGAGGACAUCGAACAAGAAGCGGCCCUCCACAAAGUGGAGGAAGAGCUUGCAGCCGAGAAAGCUACAAAAGAAAAGGCACAAGCUGAUCUAGAUGAAGCCGUUCGGAAUCUGAAAGACCUCGUGGAUCAGGUCAAGCAGCUUACCACAAUGAGCACCCAGCUUCAGGAAAUGCUGGGGAGCGUCCGGAAGCAACUCAGUGACACGCAGAAGAACUAUGCAGACUCAGAGGCACGGAGACAGACACUGGAGACGUUGUAUCUGGAGUUGACAAAGAAAGAAGAACAGUCCACAAUCCAGAUUCAGAGCCUCCGCAAGCAGCUUAACGAUGCUGAGCUCGAAGUCAAGUAUGCCAAAGACCAGGUGCUCAAUGCAAACAAGCAUUCUGAGGACCACUGGAAUACUCUCAACAACGUUCGUAUCGCUGGUGGUUGGGGGAAGGCGGACAAGGCUGAUGAGUGCGAGAAGUUGGUCGCAAAAGUCAUCUACUCCCAAGCCGAACAACAGCCCGCUGUUGAGCAGCCUGUUGCUGAGAAAGCCACUGUCGAAGAAACCACCACUGAGGUUGAGAAACCCUUCCACUGA